AUGAAAAGUCAGCUGGAAGCCAAGUCUUACCAUCCCCAAGAACAGACGUCCGAGCGCUCCGAAACUCCGCUGUUGGAGAUGUCUGACGUGAAUGUUGUGUAUCGGGGCAAGCCUGCUCUGAAGAAUCUGAACUGGGUUGUUCGAGACGGCGAAAAAUGGCACAUCAGAGGCAAGAACGGCUCGGGAAAAACCACGCUUUUGUCGUUGAUCACGUUGGACCAUCCGCAGGCUUGGAACAAACAGAUCAAAAUGAAUGGCGUUCCGCGAGCAACUGGGAAGACCAACUACUUUGACACCAACAAGCAGAUCGGACUCACAUCGCCAGAACUACACGCCAUUUUCCCCAAACAUCUUACUGUCGAACAGGCUAUUUCGACGGGCUACCAAACGGGGUCUUUUAUACCUCCCAAGACGACUCCCGAGCAGAAAGAAAAAAUCGCCAAGUACCUGGAAAACGUCGGUCUGUUGCAGUACAAAGAUACAGAGUUCAAGGACCUGCCCGUGAGCAGUCAGAAAAUGGUACUUUUGCUGCGCGCAAUGAUCAACCAGCCAAAAAUAUUAAUUUUGGACGAGUCUCUCAGUGCCAUGUGCCACGAUGCGACAAGUUCAUCGACCUGA